GAUGCUUUUUAGUCAUAGGUGCAUUUGAUGUUUCCGGGUUAAAGACAUAUAGCCUAAACCUACAAACCCUUUGCAAACAAUUCACGUGCGUGCGAUUAGGGUCACUUUGAGGUGCGCCUUUUUAUUUAACCAAGCUCAUUGGUUGCUUUAAUCAUUCGCUCAUUCGCAGUAUCAUAAAGUCGUUUAUAAUCUUGAAUGAAAAUCAUGAUGUUGCAGUUGGAUCUUCAUACAAAUAGGGUGGCUGACAAUGUUUCUAGCUUUAAGGCCUCAGACACCGUCAUACAGUUAUCAAACAACCAUAUACCCAAACCUGAUCCGAAUGACCUGGUGUUUGGGACGGUGUUCACUGACCACAUGCUCACCAUUGAGUGGAGUCUUAAAGAUGGCUGGCAGAAGCCACGCAUCCAGCCGUUCGGGAAUCUGUCCCUACACCCAGCUUGUUGUGGCCUGCAUUACGCUAUACAGCUUUUCGAGGGGAUGAAGGCGUACCGGGGGCCAGACAAUGAAGUGCGUCUUUUCAGACCCAUGCUGAACCUAAAGCGGAUGCUGAAGUCUGCCCAACGGUCCUGUUUGCCCAGUUUUGAUGAUGUGGAGUUGCUGGAGUGUAUCAGGAAGUUGGUGGAGCUUGAUCAGGACUGGGUCCCACAGUCAGACUCUGCCAGUCUGUACAUCCGGCCCACUUUCGUUGGAACAGAGCCUACACUUGGAGUAAAGAAGCCGUCCCGUGCACUCCUGUUUGUUAUUCUCAGCCCUGUUGGCUCAUACUUCAGUACUGGAGUCAAACCAACGUCUUUGUGGGCAGAUUCAAAAUUCAUCAGAGCCUGGAAAGGAGGAACGGGUGACUGCAAAAUGGGCGGGAACUAUGGGGCGUCUAUCUACCCCCAGUACGAGGCAGUGGGGUACGGCUGUCAGCAGGUUCUGUGGCUGUAUGGGGACGAUCAUCAGAUCACUGAGGCCGGAACCAUGAACAUUUUCCUCCACUGGAUCAAUGAGAAUGGGGAGGAGGAGCUGGCAACACCACCUCUAGAUGGAAUUAUCCUGCCCGGCAUUACACGCCAAAGCAUUCUGGAACUUGCUCGCGAAUGGGGUGAGUUUAAUGUGUCAGAGCGGUAUCUGACCAUGGCUGACCUGCGGCGGGCUCUGGAGGAAAGUCGGGUCAAGGAGAUGUUUGGUUCUGGAACAGCUUGUAUUGUUAGUCCAGUUGGCAGGAUUCUGUAUCAGGGAGAGAAUCUUCCUAUUCCAUGUAAGGAAAACUUACCUCCUCUUGCCUGCAGACUAAUGAAGGAGCUCACAGAUAUUCAGUAUGGCCGGACUCCCAGCGAUUGGUCUUUCAUUGUAUAAAGAAACCUUCCUGUUGUUGACACACCUGGGGUUGUGGUCACACACACACGCUCCUCAACAUAUGUUACCAAACACGCACAUUCCACUAAAAGGCUAAGACUAUAUGGAAUAAUUUCCUUGUAAUGUUGCAAUUUUUUGUUUGUAAAAAGUUUACCAGCGGAAACAAAAGCUAAUCUAGUAAUAAUACGUCAGUGUUUGGGCUGAUUUACUUAGAUCAGUGUCUUCUUGAUCGCCAUUGUUACAGUAGAUUUUAUUUAUAUCACCUGUAACUGGUAGCCAAGUGUAUAGCAAUUAUUCCAUCAGAAACUUUAUCACCAGCUAUUUUCCUUGUUGUUAUCUUGCUCCACUGUAUAUUUAGAUUGUAUUUUAAGUGGACCUGUUCUUGAUCACUUGAUGUUGUUGAUAAUAUGCAAUUAACUAUAUUGCACUCGUUUAAACUACUGAACGAUCGUUAUCUUUGAGAUCUUUUUAGAUAUUUAAAAGUAGUGCGUUUUUUGAUAGAUCUAGAGUAUUUUUCCAAGACAUGAAAUGUAUAAUCAUAGCUAAUAACAGGAUAACACAGCAAAGCUCCAUUAAUGUUACAAGCACAAGUGAUUUUGCAUUUGAUGUGAAAGGGAACGUAUAAUGAACAUCAUGUUUGGUGGUAGAUGUUUUUGUCAUCCAGCUCUUCAUACCACACUCUUAAAAAAUGUUGCUCUUUUAAUGCUAUAUAGCACCCGUGUCAUUCCUGGAAUGUAAAUUAAGCAGUUAAAAAGCACAAAUAUGAUUCAAUUAUGCACACAAAGUGGAGAACAUAUGUUUUAUAAAUUGCAGAGUAUUUUAGUGAAAUGAGCUUUUGUGGUGUAAUACCCGAAAUAAAUAAAAAAUAAUGUAUGUAUCAUA